CAGGUGAAAAUCAAACAUAUCCCAGACCUGUCAAAGAUUAGAUAAUUUCACUCUGUUAAGUAAUACAGACAUUAAAAGCCGAUUCAAAAAGCGCUUUAUAUUAAUUUGCUCCUCGCAAUGAACGCUGUCACGCUGGUCUUCCUGUUUGGCUCCCUUAUUCUCGCUCAGGGUGCGGUUGUGCCGUGGGCUGUAUAUGGCCCUAAAAUCCACGUCAACACCUGGAGAAGUGCCUCCACCGAAACACGGAUUGUCGGAGGCACAUACGCGGACAAUGGACAGUUUCCGUGGCAAGUAGGAAUGUACUUGGACGGCUCUGGCUUUUGCGGCGGCUCGUUAAUUAGUGACACUGUCGUUCUGACAGCCGGCCACUGUGUUGAUGGCACGCGCACUUUCACGGUGCAUGUCGGCUCUGUUGACAUUGAUCUCACUACCGAACCAGCCCAAAUAAUCAGCGCGAACACAAAAGUGCUGCACGAGUACUACGCAGCGCAGAAUUUGCUCAACGACAUUGGGCUGGUUAUAUUAGACACUCCAGUUCAGGGAGCAAAUAUCCAGCCUAUUCGACUUCCUGGAAGAUCUCAAAUUGAAGAGACCUUUGAAGGAGUAACCGGCACUGCAUCUGGCUGGGGCAGAGUUUCAGACGACGAUUCUAGACUGAGCCAAUACCUCAAUUUUGUCAAUUUGACCGUGAUUUCGAACGUCGAUUGUGAAGCGAUUUACGGCGCGGCUGUAAAUGACGCAAAACUGUGCGUCAGCACAAGGGGAGGUCUUGCCGGAACCUGCUUUGGUGACUCUGGCGGACCACUUGUGAUUUACGAGCCCGACGGGAUUGCGACUGAAAUCGGGAUCACUAGUUUUGUAGCCGACGAGGGCUGCCAGACGGGACUGCCCGCAGGAUUCACAAGAAUUAGCUUGUACCUUGAUUGGAUCAGCCAAAAUGCUGGAGUUCCCGUCCGACCUUAGGUUUUACGCACGUGCACGUCAAUCUCGCAGAACAAAAAUUUAGACACAGUUGAACUCGUCUCAUCCAGAGGAACAACUUUUCAGUUAAAAGGUCAAGAGGAAUUUUCAAAAUGGAACUCAAAUUUUAAAAAAUAUUGAAUUUUAAUUUUUGAAUUUG